UCAGUCUGCCUGGGGAACACGGGGCAGAUGAACCUGCAUCUGCCCCAGAUGGAGGACAUGUCUCCUCUGCAGGUGUGCCUGCUGGAGCUGCAGCAGCCAUGGACAGAUGCUUCUUCCCUGGUCCCAAGUUGCUGUGGUGAUCUUGUCAGGAAUCAUAGGUUUAACAACGUGGAAGAGACCAGUAAUACUUCUGGUUAACCUGUUUGUUUUGCUCUCUGUUGUCUGUGUUCUUUUGAACCUGGCUGGAUUUAUCCUAGGAUGUCAAGGGGCUCAGUUUGUGUCCAGUGUACCCAGAUGUGACCUGGUGGACCUGGGUGAAAGCAAGAUUUGUUUCUGCUGUGAAGAAUUUCACCCAGCCAAAUGCACAGAGAAAGAGAAUGCAUUGAAGCUGUACCCAGUCCAGUCAUGUAGCGCUGUUCACCUUCUACUCAAGAAAGUUCUCUUUGCUCUGUGUGCCCUCAAUGCUUUGACGACCACCGUAUGCUUGGUGGCAGCUGCCCUGCGUUACUUGCAGAUAUUUGCAACAAGAAGAUCCUGCAUAGAUGAAUCUCAGGUGUCUGUCGAGGAUGUUGAAGAACAAGGCCGCAUUUCAGAUCCUGAGGAUUUUGUACCACCUGUGCCACCUCCUUCAUAUUUUGCUACAUUCUACUCUUGCACACCGAGAACGAAUCGCAGGAUGCUUGGGGCUGAUAUUAUUCCAUUACCACAUAUUUAUGGAGCUAGAAUUAAAGGAGUUGAAGUGUUCUGUCCUUUGGAUCCCCCUCCUCCAUAUGAAGCUGUGGUGAGCCAGACCAGUUGUGAGCAGGGAGGUGCAUUCCAAAUUCCAGAUGUGGCAGAAGCUGUCGUCAGGCCACCAGAACCAAAUGAUAUACAAGUAUCUCAAGUGGGUGCGGAUAUUCCCGACUCUUCCAGUAGAGAGAGCCUUUCGACUUCAAAUCUAAGCUCAGUGCCUGUAGAACAAAAGCCUGCACGCAAGAGAGCUUUCAACCCUCUGAGGAAGAGAUCAAAAAGCGACCCUAUGCUACAUGGCUUGCCACCUAGAGGUCCAGUACUAAGCUGUGAAGCUGCAACUCAGACUGAAUUAAAACCCAAACUGGCCACUGUUAUUUUGCGAAGGGGUUUGAGAGCAAGAGCUCUGAGAGCAAGACCCCGAUCUUUGGUGGACUACAAGUCAUACAUAGACACUAAGCUGCUUGUGGCAAGGUUCCUAGAGCAGUCCUCCUGCAGCAUGACCCCUGACAUACACGAACUGGUGGAAAAUAUUAAAUCUGUUUUAAAGUCAGAUGAAGAACACAUGGAGGAAGCCAUCACCAGUGCCAGCUUCCUGGAACAGGUAAUGACUCCAGCUCAGCCAUCUACAUCAAGGGCACAUACCCUACCAUUUAGAAGACACCCAGGGCUGCUGCACUUGGAGAGCUGUGGAGAUCUGAGUACUUUCACUACAUCUGAAAACCAGGUAGCAGAGAGGAGAACCCAGAGACUAGAGCACGAACGGCCCCAUAGUCUCAUUGGAGUUGUACGGGAAACUGUGCUCUGAUUUCAUCUGGUUUUGUUGCUUAUCUGAAUUCCUGCAUGAGACAAACAAACAGGGCUAGAAAAUCAUCUCUAACAAGCACGUUGAGGGGAAUAUUGCUCAUAUAUUUUUUCAUGCUUUUGGAACCCCCUGCUGGAGAGUCUUAGAGUUAAUUCUACAAAACUUUUCUCUUUAUUGUUCUGGUUCUAAGCUGGCUUUUAAAAUAAGGAUAUCCAGGUGCAAUUAGUAUGUUCCCAGAUCAUUGUUUUGGUGCACUACUGUAGUUUUUCAGUUCUUGGGAGUUGAUUCAUUCUUAUUACUAAGCCACAUUAUACAGUGGAAAGUUGAAUGAAUAUAUCUUGAUUUCAGUGGAAGGUAUGAUUAUACAUAAAUUCAUUCAUUGUUGUCUUAUGUGGGUGUAUGGUCCAAAUUCUGAUCUCCUGUCUGUAUAAAUCUAAAAUGAAACCAUUGAAGUCAGUGGGACACCUCCUCUAAGCCAAUUUACACCCACUAUGAUGUGUCCCUGUUGUUUGCACAGCUCUAGUAUGUAGUAAAUCAACACUGCAGAAUGGUGUGUACUGUCAAGCAUUACCUUGGUGAAAGUGUUUUGUGCUACCAUCUUGAUAGCUCUUUGUUGACUUGAAAUUCAGUCAUUUAGGGAUGGUCGGUGUUCCCAAAGGAGCUCAAUCUAAGUUCAUGCAGCUGAAGUUGUGUAACAUCGUAGCUGAAGUUGACAUACAUAGAUCUACUUACUGUGUGGUCUUCCCUGCGGUGUGUUGAUAGGAGCUGCUCACCUGUCACUUCCCCUUGCACUUCUCAUUGAAGUGGGGUACCAGAGUUGAUGCUAGAGUGAGGGGCAGUUGAUUUGUCAUGUUUAUACUAGACACAAUAAACUGACCCUUGCUAGAUUGAUCGCUACCCAUCUAUCCAACUGGUAGUGUUGACAUAGCAUUUCAGUUCCCUGACUGACUAGGCUAUCCUGGGCUUUUGGCAACCUCAGUCACACAGCACAAAUAGUGAAUUAGGAACAGCAAAUACUCAAAGUACCGUGAACGCUUCAUGAGCAAUCUGUGAGCUGAAACACACUGGUAUCAAAUAUUUGUCAUUCUGAAUAAUGUAUAAAUUCAGGAGUCGGUCUGUUUGUUAGCAGAUAAUUGAUGAGUAACAAAGGGCACCAAAUUUGUCAAAUUGCAGACCAUUAAUAAGUUGGCAAAUUGUAUUGCAUUUAGUUGGUAACUGGAAAGAGAAUUUACUCAAUUUCUCUCUCUCAGAAGGAUACAGGUCAUGAUCCAAAGCCCAUUGAGAGUCUCUCCAUUUGGCUUUAAUGGGAUCAGGAUCAUUGUUUGUAGAAUCAAGGCUAUUUAUAGCAGCCUACAGCAUCCUGUAUUGCAGCAAAACAUAGGAUUUUGUAUAAGUAAGUAAAUAAU